AUGGCAGACCAAGAUCCGAAAAAGGAGCCCUCCAUCCCCGAAUGGCAGUUACCUCGCCCACCCCGACAGGAAGAAAGCAGCACUCCUCCCAAUGACCAACCUUCCUUGAGCCAAGAUACCUCCCAGUUCUCUCCAACCACGGAACUCCCUCUACUCGAGCAAGCGCGAAGAUUUCUCGAAGAUGACUCAAUCCGCAACGCCUCAAGAGAGCGCAAAGUUGCUUUCCUCCAGAAGAAGGGCCUUCGAGCUGUCGACAUAGAGACGCUGCUCGAUCCAGAACAAAGCUCAUCCCCAUCUCCUGACCCCGAACUUCCGUCAGAAUUGAAAACUGUGCAUGAUAACAGUCAGGGACUGAGUCAAAGAGAAGUCGGGAUGGAACACCGCCCUGCCACACCUCCCACUGAAGCAAGACAAUCGGCCGAGGCUGCGCCCAAGCGAGAGAUACCUCCAAUAAUUACAUAUCCAGAAUUCCUGCUGAAGCCUCAGAAACCUCCUCCGCUGGUCACCUUCGAGCGCCUCGCGAACGCGAUGUAUGUCUUUGCCGGUGUAUCAGCACUUACAUACGGCGCCAGCGAGUACAUUGUGCGACCGAUGCUAGAGACGUUGACGCAGGCGCGGCACGAACUAGCUGAGACCGCGAAGGCAGACCUAGAGACACUGAGCCAAAAGCUCGAGUCGACCGUAUCUCAUGUCCCCUACUUCGCAAGCAGCACAAUUCUGCAGAAAAAGAAAGAACAAGACGAUGACCUUGACUCUAUUGACUCUGACCCAACCGAACUAUUUCACAGAGACAUUGCGACACAAACAUCGCCAUUACGGUCGCGCUCCUCCUCCGCCUCCUCGUUGCCUGAUGCUUCCGCCCACGAUCCCACCGUGGCACAAGCUUCCCGCUUGAAGUCCCUCCACGGCAAUCUCUCGUCCCUCUUGACCUCCACAACGACGCACUUUUCGCAGGACCGUCUCAAGGACCAAAUGUCUCAGUUUCAGGCUGUACUCGACAAGUUGGAGGCGAGCUACAACCCGUUCCAGAUCGAUUAUGGCAGCAGCUUCGCAACCUACGGUGUGACAGACGACAAGAAUAAACCUAAGAACCCUGCUUCAGACUCCCAGGCGUCCAAGUUCAAGGCAGAGAUCAGGUCUUUCAAGGGGACGCUUCUGAGCUCGAGGAAUUUCCCGACAGCGAGACCUGCAGCCCCGUUUUCCUUGCCUUCAAGGUGA